CGACCCGCCAAUGGAGAAACUAAUGCAACGAUGGAUCCCAUUACCAAAACAGCAAGGACGUCCUUUCGGACCACCAACUCUUACCAGGGUCCCACUCACGUGCCACACACUUUAUCUUCUAUUACUUAACGGGUCCGUCACAGUCCGUAACGGCCUAUCCCACCCCGCUUCCCGACUCUUGCCUUCCGUUAAAUCACUCCCUCUUCCCUUCUCGUCAACGUACCUCCCGUCUUCCCUAACGUCGUCGUUCUGCAACCCCUAACUGUAACGUCAUUUCAAUGGCUUCCUGUAACGACGAUUUCUCUCUCCUCGGGGACGAUAACCCCCACCAAACCAACCCUAACCACCAUCACCACCACCACAUCCUCCACCAGACCUAUGCGACUCAUCGAUUCCCUGUAAAAUCAGCUCCGAUCCACGCCCCACCUCAGCCGAUAUUACCUUCUCCCGUCGCCGGAUCUGGUACCGGCGCCAAGAAUCUUGGAAGCGGCAUAGAAGAAGCGGAAGAACAAGUAGUAGAAGAAGAAGAAGAAGAAGAAGACAAUGACACCGAUUCAGCUUUCCCUGAGGUGAAUCCUUUCAGUGACAAUUCAAAUCCUUUCAAUAACGAGACAAAUGUACGGCCUGAUAAGAGAAGAGAAGGAGAAGAUCACAGCGAUGGAGCCAACAGCAAUCCCUACAUUUACAAAAAACCAAGGCCGUCCGGUAGCGCAGGGAAUUCUAGUGGAGAGUACAGGAAGGAUCGAGAAGAGUGGAGCGAUACGGCGAUUGAAUGCUUGUUGGAUGCGUACACUGAGAAGUUUACGCAGCUCAACAGAGGGAAUCUGAGAGGGAGGGACUGGGAGGAGGUGGCGGCGAUAGUAAGCGAGCGAUGCCAGAAGCAGACCAAGACUGUGGAGCAGUGCAAGAACAAAGUGGAUAAUUUAAAGAAGAGGUAUAAGUUGGAGAGGCAUAGAAUGAGUAAUGGUGGUAUCUCGGUGAGCCAUUGGCCUUGGUUUAAGAAGAUGGAAGAAAUUGUGGGGAAUUCGCUGCCUACGAAGGUCACUACAGAUGAGGAUAAAAGCGGUGGCUCUUCCGGGACUUCAGCUAGGCAAUCCAAGAGAUGUGCAACCACAAUGGCAAGUCACGUAGGUCAGACAAAUAACAUAAAGUCCAAAUCCAUGUGUAACAUUAGAUGGCGGAGAGUAGUAUUGAAAAUCAGUGGUGUUGCUCUUGCUGGCACUGGUCCUAACAAUAUUGACCCGAAGGUGAUGGUGCUGAUUGCAAGAGAAGUUGCAAUUGCUUGCCGCCUUGGUGUAGAGGUUGCAAUUGUUGUUGGAGGUCGUAAUUUCUUUUGUGGAGACACAUGGGUGAGUGCAACAGGUUCUGAUAGACGUACUGCCUACCAAAUAGGUAUGAUGGCAAGUGUGAUGAAUUCUAUAUUACUCCAGUCAGCAUUGGAGAAGGUGGGUGUUCAAACACGUGUACAGACUGCAUUUGCAAUGCAGGAGUUUGCUGAACCAUACAAUAGGCAACGUGCCAUUCGCCAUCUUGAGAAAGGCCGAGUUGUGAUUUUUGGUGGCAUUGGUGCUGGCACUGGAAAUCCACUCUUUUCCACAGACACUGCUGCAGCUCUUCAAGCUUCAGAGAUUCAUGCUGAGGCUGUCCUGAAAGGCACUAAUGUUGAUGGUGUCUAUGACUGUCAUUCCCGAGACAACAAUGUUACUUUCGAGCAUGUUUGCUUUAGGGACUUGGUCUCCAGAGGUGUGACAUCAAUGGAUAUGAUGGCACUGACCUGCUGUGAAGAGAAUGGUAUUCCUGUUGUGGUCUUUAAUCUUCUUGAACCUGGAAACAUUUCAAAAGCUUUAUGUGGAGAGCAAGUUGGUACACUGAUUGAUCAAACAGGAUCUAUCAGCUAAUAUCCACUAACUGAUUGAAGCAUUCCCAGGCAUUGUAUUUCAAAAUACCCUUCCAGGAAUGAUUGUUAGGCAUCUAAAUCCUAUGGCUGGGAUAGUCUUUCUCAUGACUAAAAUGGCAUUUGCUCAGUAUAUUACUUGAGAAGGCUGCACAGAUCGUCUGACUUGCCAAACUGUUGUUAAUAACUUGAUUUAUUCAUUGAUGAAAUUUCAUUCUCCUGGUGCCAAACUCUUGUAAUUUGAAAUUUGUAAAUUGUAUUGACUAGUUUGAGAGUGAUCAAUGGUGAAGAACGAUCAAUGUUGGUGGAUUAGCAGUUUGAUGUAGAGUGGAGAUUCAUUGCAAAUUGUAAGACUGUUUUAUAAAGAAUAUGCAAGUGGAGGUCAUAUAAUUGUGUCAA